AUUAUUAAUCUCGUCGCAGUGUUUCCGUGCAGAUCUCGAGCACCAGAGCCUAGGACUUGCGGGUCAGUGCUCGGUUGGCAAAGCUUAAAGCUGCGGCGUUCGUGUGUUUAUUUUUUAUUCGAUAUCGUGAAUUUCGUUGGAUAUUCUGUUUAUAAGUGCAACAAUGAUUAAGUUCAGUGUGAUUUCCAUUCUUGUGGUGGCAGGAGCUGUCAUUGCGGAACCUCCAAUCAGUGCGGGCUAUUCCUACUCCAGUGGCGGCCACAGCCAUGGCGAUCACGGUGACUCCGAUGGUGGCUACGUUUCAGUUAGCCCAGGACAUCAAUCCUCCGAAGGGCUCCAUGUGGAUCCCCAUCUGCUGCACAAGGUGAAGGAAGUGCUGUUGGAACAUGAAAACACUGGCUCAUCUUCCUUCGGAGGACAUUCAUCCCAUGGCAUCUCGGUACCAUCAACCUCGUACGGCGUACCGUCGUCAUCCUAUGGAGCACCAUCCCACUCAUACGGCCCACCAUCCCCAGUCUACGGUGUCCCAUCGUUCGGUGGACAUUCUUCUCGCGUGACUGGAAUCGAGCUUGGCCAUGUCCGUCAGGGAGUUCAGGUCGCCCAAUACUACAAGGCACAGCAUGCCCCAUCUUACUCCUCCCACUCGUACUCUGCUCCUUCCUACUCCUCGCAUUCAGUUCCAUCGUUCUCGUCUCAUUCUUACUCUGCUCCUUCAUCCUCCUACGGUGCACCAUCCUUCAGUCCAUCUCACUCUUACUCUGCCCCAUCUAUUUCGUCUCAAUCUCACUCUUACUCUGCACCAUCUUUAUCGUCCCAUUCUCAAUCUUACUCUGCACCAUCUUUCUCGUCUCAAUCCCACUCUUCGCAUGCCUCUUUCUCCCUCCCAUCCUCCACCUAUGGUGCACCAUCCUUCAGCAGUGGAAGCAGCCACCACCGCGUUCCAUCUACUGUCUAUGGUGCUCCUUCUCAUUCCAUUAGCUCUUUCCGCCCACCAGCACCAGUCUAUCAUGCUCCGGCUUCCAGUUAUCACGCACCUGCACCAGUUUACUCUGCACCACGACCAGUCUACGGAGUUCCACACCACCACUAAAUGCUGUCAUCUCAAAUCAAAAAUCUAAGUCAACAAAAAUCUCGAGUUAAUUUAUUCAUAGAUUCAUUUGUUUUCACAUGUUCAAUCACUUGUUAAAAUAAACAAAAAAAUUGUUACCAAAAAUGUAAAACAAUAA